AUGGACAAGUUAAAAUUGCUGCAGUCCCCGAGGACAUUGGACAGCUGGAGCAAUUCGUGCACUCUCACAUCACCUCACGCAAAAGAUAUUUUGGUUGUGAGUGGUGAUCUUGUAUCUGAUGUUCCUCCUGGUGCAGUUGCUGCCACCCACAGGCGACAUGAUGCAGCAGUGACUGCAACGCUUUGCUCUAUUCCUGUCAGUGGACCUCUAGAGUCUGGAUCCUCCGGUGGAAAAGAUAAAGCCAAGAAAUUAGGACGAUACAACAUCAUCGGACUGGACCCUGGCAAACAGUUUUUAUUACACAUAGCAACAGGAGCUGAAAUUGAGAAAGAUGCUAGACUUCCAAAGCGCAUUCUCCGUGCAGUUGGCCAGAUGGAAAUUCGAUCGGAUCUGAUGGAUGCUCAUAUGUAUGCAUUCAAGAGGUCUAUCCUGCAAGAAGUUUUAGACCUAAAGGAUACAUUUCAAAGCUUGAAAGAGGAUGUACUUCCUUAUCUUGUCCGGAGCCAGCUGAAAUCAGAGGCCUUAUCAACUAGGACUCCGCAAGGAGAAGAAAAUGGCAAUGAGAAGGUUACUUCCCAGAACAAUCAAGUAUUUGUCUCUCGAAUCCUUGCCAAUGCAUCUAUCCCAAGCUUUCAUGACCACAGUUCUGAGAAUCCUGAUGGUUCUACCCCUAAUCGGAAAACCCAUAAAUGCUGUGCUUAUAUUGCAAGUAGCAGCAGUUAUUGUGUGCGCUUGAAUUACAUUCAAGCAUUUAUGGACAUCAAUCGAGAUGUUACUGGUGAGGCGGAUCAUCUGCUAAGUGGCACCUCAUCAGAUCCCAAUUAUAACAUAGGUCCACCAAAGCUUGGAACCAAAACUACUGGGCCGCACUGCAUGCUGGGUGAAGGUUCGGAAGUCGGUGACAAAUGCCAAGUAAAACGGUCUGUCAUUGGCCGUCACUGCCGGAUACGUUCCCAUGUGAAGGUUGUCAAUUCAGUUGUAAUGAAUCAUGUCACUAUUGGCGAUGGCUGUAUAAUCCAGGGUUCUGUUGUUUGUAGCAAUGUACAGCUUCAAGACCGCGUUGUUUUGAAAGAUUGCCAAGUCGGGGCAGGUUUUGUCGUCUCUGCCGGAAGCGAGUAUAAGGCAGAAUCUUUGGCUAGAAAAGAGAAAUGAGCGAAAGCUGCAUCCCGCGAAUUGCUCGAGAAAAUGCCUUUUCGGUCAUCGACUAGCGACCGACAUCUUGUUUUUGCUUUCGAGACAUACUUCUCAGGAACUGCUGGAUUGCUUGUAAAAUGUGAUAUGUUGGCGAGUUGAAAGGAAAGGCCAGUGUAUUGUCCUCUGCUGCUCCCAUUUUAGUUGCUUUCUAAAUAACUUUUUUUGUUUCUUGAACUCAACCCUAUGUAUCUUUCAUUGACUAC